AUGGCUGACUCUCGUGACAUAGCCAUCCGCGACGCCAAACUCUUCGUUCGCGAGGUCGUUCGUAACGACUGGGAAUUCACCGCCGAUCCGAAUGGACCAAGCUACAUCUCACUACCCUAUGUGGACGUGGACUUGGUCGGCACCCUCCUAGACAACCGCCAAGUCUCAGAAUGGCGCUGCCGAGAAUUCGACAGCUCAGGCUCAGAGCUCGAACCACCAUCAUCCGAUGACGACUCUGAAAGCGAUGCCCCAAAGGCGAAUGGCGACCCCGCGAUAGAGUUGCGGCGCAAACGCCGUCGUCAGAUGGAUGAAGAAAUGACCUGGAAUGAAGGGCUGCAGAUGUGGAUGGCCAGACGCGACGUGUGGUCUGGAGCCAGGACACGGCGACAAAUUCGCGCCAAAGAGAAGAAAGACAAUCUUGUGAAAAGCCAGACGGACACACCAAAUCAAAUUACGGACAGUCGUGCGGAUUCUGGGGUUGACGCGGGCGCUGCAUCGCUGCAGCCGGGGUCAGCUUCCCCGCAUUCGGAUCGCCAAAGUCAAAAUGACGCGGCCGAGGCCCCUGCCUUGGCAGCAAAGAUGGACACAUCACUGUCAAUUGCGGAGCGGGAGAAAAUUGAAGAGACCACACGUCGACAGGAGCAGGAAGAAGAGCAGUCUACUGCCCCGGAGGACGAAACGAAGCGCAAGGAGUCUACCGACACCAGCAUCACCGAGCCCGAGGCGUCUGCCAACGCACCUGGCUUUACCACAUUCCCCGCCAUAGACGAUGACAAUGAUGAUACCGAGGAAGAGCUCGAUGAACCUCUUAUUCCUGUCGCUCCGCCGUUCCUUUCACCCGAAAAUCCCAUCCGCGCAACCAUCAACUCAUCCAUCUACCCCUCUAUCUAUACCAAAGUGGUCGUACAAGGGAUGACCCCUACUGUGCCAGUCAAUUUAGCUCAUCUGACUAAAGCGAUGGUUCAGGGCUGGAAAGCCGAUGGACAGUGGCCGCCCAAGCCAGCAGUGUCGAACAUUGUCCUCGCUGACACUGCGUCGGUACCAAAGAGCUCCGAUACUACUGACACCCCCCAGUCAAGGCGAAAGAACAGUAUCACAAAUGCUAUGCGCAAGGUGUUUCACAUGGGCUCUCACCCCUUUCACCGACGCGGAUCGAGCCAAGAUGGUGGGAAUGGUGCAGGUCCCGUCAUUUAA